AUGGCCCGAUCCCCGAAAUCAUACGACCCUUCCGAACCGCGGGAUCCGAAGAAGGCUCUUCCGUAUACCUAUCCGUAUUCGGAUAACAUUGUUGCCGGUGAGUUUGGAACCUGGUUGUGGGAUAACAGGAGAAGGCAGGAGGGAAGGAGAGGUUCCCCACAUAGCCCGUCAGACGUCAGCUGCUGCUCGUUUGGGUGGUUGAGAGCGGCUUGGAGGAAGGGAAUCUCGUCCCAGGGCUGAAGAAGCGUAUUCGACCCCCGUCAAAGACUAAGCUCACUCCCUUACAUCUCUCCCAACCCCCAUCCACCGCACCAGACACCCUCGCGAUCGUCGCAGCCAUGUUCGCCUCCUUAGCCGUGAUCACCCGUUACCCCGUCUACAUCUACUUUGGCUUUUUGUUCUCCAUCUCGGCCAUCAACACGGGCAAGAAGCUGGACAAGAGCAGGAGAGCGACGAGCGUUUCAGGUCCGUCUUACGCUCUCAAGGUCUUGCGGCUCUCCGGGCUUCAUCUGCUCACUGCCUCGCUCGUCCUGUGGUUCAUAACAGGUUGGAGCGGCCUUCUCUUCGUCCUCACUGCUUUUUUAUCCGUAUACUAUCCUCUCGUCUCCGGAGUAGCCGUGAAAGCGCCGUACGAUUUCUGGUCCAAACCUUUCCCGCUCGGAUUGGGUGCGGGCACGAUCCCGGCGCCGAGGUUAGCGCAAGUCGUGGAAGGGAUCUAA